AUGGAGCAACCAAAAGAGAAGAGGAGAAAAGGCGGCUACCGAAAAAGAAGAAGGCAAUUGAAACUGACGUUGCCCUUUCCUGCUGAUCUAAACUUAGAAAUACUCUUAAGGCUGCCUGCGAGAUCUGUUUUGAGAUUCCGUUGCGUGUCGAAGCUUUGGUCAUCAAUCACCACCGAUUCAUAUUUCAUCAACUCCUACGAAACUCGCUUCUCAACACUGCGGCCGAGUCUUCUUGUCUGCUUCAUAGCAAAUGGCAAGCUAUUUGUUUCCUCAAUUCCUCAAGAUAAUCAGAAUUCCAAAGAGUCUUCUUACUCUUGUUCUCAGCCUAUUUAUCGUUAUAAUAUGAAAUUCCCACAAGGACCUUGUUACUUCCCCCCUACGGAAUCUGUACAUGGCUUGAUCUGUUUUCAAGUAUCAGCAAGUCCUGUAAUUUGGAACCCUAGCAAGAGACAGUUACUAACCUUUCCAAAACCCGAUGAGAACUGGUCUAAUAUAACAAUGUUCUUAGGAUAUGAUCCAGUCGAAGGUAAACACAAAAUAAUGUGCAUACCUGAUUCAAGAAGUUCUGAAGUGUGUCGGGUGUUAACAUUGGGAUCAGCUCAAGAAUCAUGGAGAACGGUCAAAACCAACCAUAAUCAUUAUUCGGACUACAAUACUUUUGGACGAUGCAUCAAGGGGGUUAUAUAUUACAUAGCGGAUAUAUAUCAUAAGGGUGUUUGGGUUAUAAUAAGCUUUGAUGUCAGAUUCGAAAGAUUUGGUAUGAUAGAUUUACCAACGGAUAUUUAUAGGGACAUGCUGAUAAGUUAUGAGGGGAAGUUAGCUGUUGUUGAGAAUAAAGGAAUCGACUGGAAGAGCAAAUUGUGGAUUUUGGAGGAUGCAGGGAAACAGAAAUGGUCAAGAAAAGAGUUUCUUGUACCUUUUAGGUACCAUCAAAAGGGUGUGGAACUAAAACUAAAAAGUUUUACUCAUACUGGUGAGCUUAUUUAUGUCCCACCCACGUUUCACAAAUCAGAUUACAUUUUAUUUUGUGAUCCAGUGAGAGAAAGCUUUAGAAGAUUCCAAUUCAAAGGAAUCGCAGAUGACGAAUCCGGUAAUGGAGUUAGAAACGGAUAUGUGCUCCAUUCUUUCCCGAAUCACCUUUGA